CCGCUUUUCUGAGGCGCGGCUGAGCUCGCUGAUUGGUCACAUUUGAAAAAUCAGCUUCUGACGCAGUAGAGGGAACGUUUGAACUUCGAAUUUUGUAUACGGACAAGAACAAGGCAACGGCGUCGCGGAAUUAAACUAAAACACCUCAACAUGAUUAGGCAAGCGAAGGGCAAGACCCCCCGCCGCCCUCCUCCAAAAAAGCCUUCCAACAACCAAAAGGACCCUGUUGGAGUGUAUUGUCGUGUGCGCCCACUGGGUGCAGAUGAUGAGGAAUGCUGUAUUGAGGUUAUAAGCAACACCACCAUUCAGUUACAUGCCCCUGAUGGGCUCAAAGCCAACAGGAAUGGUGAAUUCAAAGAGACACAAUAUUCCUUCAAAAAGGUGUUUGGAAUUAAAACAUCGCAGAGAGAAUUAUUUGAAGAUGUUGCUAAACCUCUAGUGGAAGACCUCAUUCACUGUAAAAAUGGCCUGUUGUUCACCUACGGUGUCACCGGCAGUGGUAAAACUUACACAAUGACUGGCUCACCGGGUCAAGGUGGGCUGCUUCCACGUUCACUUGACAUGAUCUUCAACAGCAUUGGCCCCUACCAGGCCAAGAGAUAUGUUUUCAAGCCUGAUGAUAAAAAUGGCAUGGAGGUGCAGAAUCAGGUCGACGCACUCCUAGACCGACAGAAGCGAGACAGUCAGACAACUGUACCGAAGACUCCAACUACAAGGCGAAUUGACCCAGAGUUUGCUGACAUGAUCAGCCCAGAGGAGGCUUGUAAAGCAGAUGGGGUGGAUGAGGACAGCAGCUACAGCGUUUUUGUCUCUUACAUUGAGAUUUACAACAAUUACAUCUAUGAUCUCCUGGAAGAGACUCCUUUUGAUCCAAUUAAGCCCAAGUGGAAUGGUGCAGGCACACCUCUGAGAAACAACACUGAGUUCAUACCACCCCAAUCUAAAAUACUGCGAGAAGAUCAAAAUCACAACAUGUACGUGGCUGGAUGCACUGAGGUUGAGGUCAAGUCAACAGAGGAAGCUUUUGAAGUCUUUUGGAGAGGUCAGAAGAAGCGCAGGAUUGCAAACACGCAAUUGAAUCGCGAGUCCAGCCGCUCUCACAGUGUGUUCAUUGUUAAAUUAGCACAAGCACCUCUGGAUGCAGAUGGAGACAAUGUGCUUCAGGAUAAGAAUCAGGUGAAUGUGAGCCAGUUGUGUCUGGUGGAUCUGGCUGGCAGUGAACGCACUAGCAGAACCCGGGCAGAGGGCAGUCGUCUCCGUGAAGCAGGCAACAUAAAUCAAUCUUUAAUGACUCUGCGCACAUGCAUUGAGGUACUGAGGGAGAACCAGAUGUGUGGCACAAACAAGAUGGUUCCAUACAGAGACUCCAAAGUGACCCAUCUAUUCAAAAACUACUUUGAUGGUGAAGGCAAAGUGAGGAUGGUCGUGUGUGUAAAUCCAAAAGCUGAUGAUUAUGAGGAGACAUUGCUGGUGAUGCGCUUUGCUGAGAUGACUCAGGAGGUGGAAGUGGCCCGGCCUGUUGACAGGCCCAUCUGCGGCUUCGCUGCUGGUCGCCGACAGAGGAACCAAGCCUUCAAAGAGGAGCUGACCCGCAGACUGGAGGAACGUGGUGGUCCUGUAGAUGGAGAGUUUCCAACAGUAUUGAACCAGCUGCUUCAGUCCUUUCCUCCACUUCCUCCUUGUGAGAUUUCUGGCCCUAACGAUGACGUCACUCUACCCAGACUCAUUGAGGCCCUGGAGAAGAGACACAAGAUUCGACAGAUGAUGAUUGAGGAGUACAAUAAAACUGCCAACAUGCUGAAGUCUGUGCUUCAAGAGCAGGACAGCAACAUUCUCUCCAAGGAGAAUUUUAUCCAAGAGCAGCGUGGCAAGCUAGGGGAAAAGGAUAAAAUGAUACAGAACCAGAAGAACGAGAUUGAUCGUCUGGAAAAGAAAUCCAAGAUGCUGGAGUACAAGAUUGACAUCCUGCAGAAAACUACCAACAUCUAUGAAGAGGACAAGCGAUCUCUACAGCAGGAACUGGAGAGCAGAGAACAGAGGCUUCAAAGGGAACUGUCUGAAAAGAGACGCAUGGAAUCACGUAUGCAGGGCAUGGUCACUGAUGCCAAGCUCAAGUGGGAGAAGGAAUGUGAGAGGCGGGUUAACGCCAAGCAGCUGGAGAUGCAGAAUAAGCUGUGGGUGAAGGAUGAGAAACUCAAACAGCUCAAAGCCAUUGUGACCGAGGGGAAGACGGAGAAUCGGCAGCCACAGCGGCCCUCCAGAGAAAAGGACAAAGUGCCCCCUAAGAGAUCUGCAUCCCCGUCACCCGUUCCUUCUCCUUACAAUGGCUCGCAGUCAUCCCUCUCCUCCCUGGAGCCUAUAUAUAACUUCUCUCAGACGGUCAGGUCAGAUCCUCACUUCCCCAGACCAGGCAGUGUGUCAGUGGCUUCCUGCAUCUCUGAGUGGGAGCAGGGAGUCCCACAGUCUCACAGGCAGGGUAGCCAGUCGCCUCCAGACAGUAGGAAGAGAGCUCAGGGCCUUCCCGACAGUCUUAGCAGGAGGAGAGGCAGGUGUUGGGCCAGAGAGGUGCCUGUCCAGCCAGCAGAUGUAGACCUAGAGGAAACAGCUCACUGGACUGGGCCGCCGGUUCGGCCUCUACACAGACGCUCGCACUCCGCAGGUGGGGAGAGGUGGGUUGAUCAUAAACCCACCAGUAAUGUGGACCUGGAUACAGUUCUCCAGCCAAACAUCCCCAAUGCCAUCAAAGUAAAUGCCCCCAAUGAGAAAGCUCUGUCCAAGUGUGACAAGUACGUUUUGACGCACCAGGAAGUGGCCUCGGAUGGAGAGAUUCAGACCAAGCUAAUCAAGGGUGAAGUUUUCAAAACUAGAGGUGGAGGACAGUCUGUUCAAUUCACGGAUAUUGAAACGCUCAAGCAGGAAAACCCUGUUGCAGCCAGUAGCCGUAAGAGGCGAUCAUCAGAGGCUGACCCAGACGCUGAACCUAUGGAAGGAGACUGGACUGAUGUGGAGACAAGGUGCUCUGUGGCUGUGGAGAUGAGAGCUGGCUCAAACCUGGGACCUGGAUACCAGCAUCACGGAUAUCCAAAACGCAGAAAGCCUUGAUGCUGCUCUCGCAUUGCCAUCACAGACGAGUCCUUUCCUCUCGAAGCCUCUCCUCACUGUGUGCAAUAGCAAAUUCACUUUAUAAUAUUUAACUCUUUUUAAUGCUUUUUAUGUGUACUUUUUUUUUUUUUUUUUUUUUUUUUUUUUUUUUUAAUAUAUAGAUCUCUACACAAGUUCACCAAAGCUGUUUUUGUACUGCAUUUUCUACCUGGGUGUUGUAAAUGUAAAAAUUCACAUUUAGUGUAACUGUGGGUGGUUUUCAAAACAAACAAAAAAAAAAAGUUACAAAUGUUUUAUUUUCUAACUGUCUCAAGCACAUUAGCUAUUUGCGUGUAUUUUAUAUAUAUAUAUAUAUAUUUUGUCAAUGUAUACUCUUUUGAAAUUGGGCAGUUAGGACAAUCAAAGCAUUUGUUGGUGUUUCUUUAAAAGUCCUUUAGUAAGAGUCAUUCUCAUGACUUCAGUAGGCAGCCCCUUGGAAAUGCACUGUUUCCAUGUAAUUUCAUUUGUAUGAUAUUGCUGCGGUCAAAACAGUUAAUAAACAGCAUAUGAUAUA